AUGAGUAAAUGUCUGAUGUGUUCUGACAAGGGACCUAUUCUGUUGAAGAAUGCUGUUCAAUGUAAAUCUUGCUCUAUAUAUUAUCAUAAGUCAUGUGGUAACAGGGCAAAGUUGUUGCCCGAUGGAAGUUAUAAUUACUAUUGUGGUACUGGUGGUCAAGUUCAUGAUGAAGAUUUUGCUAGACUAGAUCCUGGAUUUCAACUUAUUUUGAAAAGGCUUGACAAAGUAAAUGCGCCAUUGAGUGCAAUUAAGUCAGAUAUUCAAUCCUCCAGCAACAAGCUAACAGAACUUGAAAAAAGUAGUGAUCUUACAAAAAAACAACAAGCUCACAUGCAAAAAAUUAAAAAUGAAGUGAAGCAUAGAUCUGACAAGGGAGAAAAGGAUUUAAAAAUUAAAGAUAUCAGAGGUAAACCAACGAUUGUUAAAUCUAUUGUUGCUGAUAAUCAAUUAAAUGAAAAUGAUGAAGAUACUGAAUGACUAUAUGAUAGUUACCAUAAUUUGAGGAUUUUUUACCAAAAUAUUCGUAGUGUCAGAGGAAGGCUUGAUGAGUUUUACUCCAGAUUAUGUCUUAUUAAUGAAUAUGACAUUAUAGUUUUGACUGAAACUUGGCU